AUGGCCGCCUAUGAUAUUUGUGUCUUUAGUCUAAGAUUUGUACUUUUUGCCUUUGUGACAUGGAAAAUCAAAAGUCUGGGAGUUGGUUUGUCGCCCGGUGAAGGGGUAAGUAGCUUUUUUUUCUUUUUCAGGAUUAAGCUUAGCGCUUUCACGAACGUACGCAUAAGUUAGCCCUGUUCAAUGAAUAUUUUUGUGAAUUUGCUGAUUUUAGAUAUCUUAGGAGCUGGUUUGUCGAAUGGUUACGUCUGUUAAGUUGUUGAUUUGUCAUUUUACAUACAUGUACAUAAGCCUUACGUACGUUUAAUAGACUACUAGCAGUCUUUUUUAGUCCCUCGAGCGAAACGAUCAUACUCGUGAAUGUUAAAUUGCAUGAACGCCACUGAUGAGAUAUCUUUACAUUAAAUUUCACUGAUUUUCGCUUAGUUCACGUAGUUUGUAAGCGUAAGUCUAGAAUUUAAUUAUUACUACUUUGAAAACCAGUACAUUAUACUUACUAGUAAGUAAGUUUUAAGCUAAUAACACAAUUUUAGAGUAAGCUUAAGUUUAAGUUAAAUAUGCAUGCUGUAACUGUGCACGAUUUAACUGCAGUUGCAAUGCUUAAACCGAAACGGGUAACGAAAGUGAGAGCAUUUUCUGGCUAACUUAAGGUCAACUGGUUUCUUCCAAGAACCUGUCAAAUGUGAGGGAAAUUGUCGCCUGUGGCUACAACUUGUGUGAAGAUUAUACUUUUCACCUCUGAGAAAUAAGUUUUACAUCCUUUUUAAAGUCAUUGUGAUAAUGCCCCCUUGAAGCCAAUAUAUUUCACCGUGUUUGCCAGUGAGUCAUCAGUUUUCAUUAAUUGAAAUCUCAAUUUUUUAAUAUGGCAAGUCUGCAUUUACUCAGAUUGCACACCCUCCCUUUCACUAAGGUACAGGUUAUUGAAUUUUACUUUCUUUUAUGAUAGGAUAUGAUAUGUAAAAUGUGUUUUAGGAAUACAUGCACCUAUUUUUUGUCAUUUUGUUUACUUCAGUCCAGAGAUAAUUGACUAUAUUUCAUGUCUUUAAUUACUAUGGGCUACGGAAACAAAACAGUCAAUAUCAGCUGGCUGUUGAACAUAAAUAUCAAUUAUCGAACAUUACUCUUGAUGCACGACAGGAAAUAUAUUUUCUUUUAUUGUUCAUUUCAGAGGAAAUGUAAUUGUCCAUAAUGUAUUUUUCAUUUUUUUUUUGAAUGCCCUCAAAAAGUUCUUUAAUUCCCCUAGAGGGUGUACUUUUUAUUGACAUAAAUUUCUUUCAGAGUAAAAUAAAAUUUUAUUAUAUUCCAGCAUUCAUGGUUUGUUCAUCACCUGCUUUAAUGCAUUUAGCAGUUUUGAAAAUGUUGAUAUAGCUGUCUAGGAAAAAUUAAAGUCAUUUUUCUUCUUUGAAGUCUUAAUAACAUUGUUGUCAAUUUGAGUGAGAAUCUUUUUCAGCUAUCAACUACUUUAUUUUUGAUGACCAAGACAAGUCUUGCAGAGUUGUAAGAUCUGUUAAAGUUAUACGUUUUGUUGCACUUGCCACUGUGGAUGAACAAUCCACAGCUGAUUGUGAAAUAAUGUGUGUUUAAGGAAAAAUCUAUUGUUUUGUGCACACGCAGAAUGCUGAACAUGCAGAAGGAAGAAUACAACCAUGAAAUGCUAAGUUUCUGACAUGGUAAUGGGUCAAGCAGAAUGAAGCGGAAUGGCAUUACCAUUAUUUUAAGGACCAUUUUUGGCAUAUUUUUAGGACCAUGAUUUUGACUUAUUUUGGUUUUAUUAAAUGACUAAGGGUUCAUAUUUUACUUUCUUUGCACUUUUACUUGUCUUUUGUUAUAACGGUUGCAGGCUUUAGACUUAACAAACCAGCUUUAGCUAAUAAACUAUUGACAAAAAGCCUGAACCAUUCAUAGUUCCACCCCAGUUAUGUGGGGGAUGUUGCCAGUACAGUGAGUCAAGUUUGAGCAAAAUAGCCAAAUAUAAAGAAAAAUCCUUCUAUGUUUAUUUUACUUUCUAUGUGCUUUUUAGUAUAAUAAUCUGUUGCUCAUGUUACCAAAAUGAGUCAAUGUUGAAUACAGAAUAUAGAUCAUAACACUCUCCUGAUAGAAAAGAAAAUUUUUUCUUAAGUCUACGCAAGUCAAGUCAAUUAAUGUUUUUAAGGGGUAUAAAAUGAUGCGUCUCAGAAAAUAUCAGCUGCAGUCUCUUAAAAUAAGAGUCGGGAAUCUCGGGCUUAUAUAAUGCUACAAAUUGCCUUGUCUCAAAGUCUCAAAUUUUUAUAAUUUAAAAUUUGUACCCUGAAUACCAAGCUAUUUAUUCAUUGAGGUAACUUAGACCAACAAGCAAGAAAAACAGGUGGUGCUGAGUUUAUACUGUAACUGUCUCUUUUUUGGUGGUCGACACUUUUCUACCUAAAAAUCACAAGACUUGAUCCAAUCCAUGUUGCUUUUUAAAGCUUUCAAUAAGUUUCUUUUCUUGAUGCCAUGACGCAUGCAGCAGGUCAAGCCGGGUUGAAUGGUAUCAUUGUAUAUAUCUUUUACAGAUUUGUUUUGUUUGUUUAUUGACACAAUCACCCUGUAUUGUUUAAUGUAGCAGAUCACGUUUAUUUUGUGACGAUGCCAUUAGUGAUGUGUUCUAUAACUAACUGUGCCCAUGUUGUUGCUGAAAUCCCCUUUAACAAAAGUGUUGUGCAAAGUGAUGACAAAUUGAGCCGAAACCAAUACUUUUCAGACUAUAAUAAUAUUGUAAAAGUGCACUGCACAUUUUCAGUUCAGCAUCUCACUGAUCAGUGUGUGGUUAUUGACAGAAAGACUAUGUGUCAGCAACAUUUGCUUAAAUCUGUUUCCUUGAAAUCCAAUGUAUUGAUCAUUGCUCAAUUAAAAUUCGAACUGUGCAUGCUUUUAUAUGUCAAUUAAGCUAAUUUUAGCUCAACAAAUCACAAGAUCACUCGUUGUUUCACAGUGUCUCAAUUCUAUCCACACAAUUUUCCACUUAAAAAAAGUUUAUUUAUAAAAAUAUUUUUAGCAGGAUAGCAAGUACAUCUGUUUCACAUGUUUCAGCUGUUAAUUAAACUUAAAACAUUGAGAUCGGAUUUGUUUGUUUCGCAGGCAAGCACCAAUCAUGUCACUAUUACAGCUGGAGAAAAAACAAAGAUGGUUUACAAGGCAAGAACUAAAGAACUUACUCUGACUGCCCUGGAAUUUGGUCAGUGGACAUACAAUGAAGUAGUUAUUGUGUCAAACAGUUACUUUCUUAUUGGAAAUAACACAACAACAAGAAAGUUCUGGUUGAAAAUAAGGGAGGCAGAUGUCAGUAAAUCAGGGAUUUAUUCGUUUGUGGUCAAUGGCACUGCUGUACAACGAUGGGAGCUCCAGGUCAAAUCAGGUAUUGAGAAUCAUAAUACGUACAAUGUAAGAUCACCACUCUUUUCAUGUACUUAA